AUGAAGACCACAGCUGUGCCCAUCGUGAAGUCCGCACGUCGGACAAGAACCGAAGCCACCGACACAAUCACAAGUCCAACACCAGAUUAUAUCCCCAUUUCACGAGAAUCUACCAGUCUCUUUGAUUUCAAACACACUGACCGUUACGUGUCUGUAGAAAAAGGUGAAUAUGACAAGUCUGACAACGUGGUGACACACGUAUAUGGUGUGAGCAACACCAGCUCAGCCACCGAGCCACUGGCGAGUGUCAAUACGUUUGACGACCUGACUACAAGUUUACCUUCACCUCAUUGGCACUUACAGCUUCAAGAAUGUGCCAACCACUCGCACAUUUAUCCCGUGAAGGGGAGCGAAGGGAGCAUCCUCAUUUCUCUCACACAGACCGACAACUCACAGACAAACUCGGUUGUCCUCUCCUGCACCAUCGAGCUGCAAGUUCCCAAAGGAAUGGUGGCUCACGUGUGGACGUCAACAGAAUUAACGGCAGGUCAACAUAGAGUGAUUUUAACUGAUGAGGACAACGUGGCAAUAUUUAAUGAUAAUGUCAACGUCCUCCCCACUGAAUUUUUCACUUACUCCAAUAUUGUGAGGCUUCAGCUAAUGGUAAGUAGCUUGAAAAAAGCUUUUCAGCUGAAAGUGAACUUCACGGCAGUCCCACAAGGAACUCGGCCACAACUCACCACUACCUUCCUCACCUCAACUACAGGCUAUAUAGACACAUCACAACCGAGUGGAGAAAAAGGAUACCUUCCUUUCAUAAACACCUGGACUUACCUGGUGGCACCUGAAGACCACGAUAUUGUUAUUAGCAUUUAUCUUGUGUGUGCUCUGCGCAAAUAUUCAUCCACUGAACCAGUUAUUUACCACGGAGGUGUACGUGUACAGUACAAAAGUUUCACCAAAUAUCCUCAGCCCUUCUUCAGAAUACAGUUCUCGUUCCACCACGUGUCGGCACUACCUGUUCAGCUGUCUGAAGGCAGGUGGAACUGCUCGGCCGUGCGAUGGGAGGACAUGCAGCAUCACUUCCCGUGUAACUUUGUGUCUAACUGUGUGGGCGGCGAAGAUGAAGCUGGAUGCUGGUCAGGUGACGGCACGUGCAGCCCGGGGACAUUCCAGGCUGGCGGCCGCUGCUUUUCACUUUCAUAUUUAGGUGAGGAAAAAAUGUCUUGGAUCAGUGCACAUGAACAGUGUCAGAAGCGAGGAGGACAGUUGCCGAGUCUGAGCACCAGACAGGUGUGGGAAUCUGUGACAGACUUUUUCGUGAGGACGGAUAAAUGCUCUCUUUUCUUUAUCGGCGCAAGGUCAGCUACUCCGACAAUAUCCGUGAUGUAUAGAAAAAGCUUGAUGUGGUCAGACGAUACGAUCGCCCAUUUCAUCAGCCUGUCUGAUUACCGGCAAUUUUCUCUUACUAUUGACCUUUGCUCAUCUAUGUCGAAUUUGUUCGGAAGUUAUAAAAUAAGUUCACUUGCUAUAAUCAAGUGUCAAGAGACAUUUGGUUUUUCUUGUCUUCUGUGUGAGAUCCCAGGAACUGUAAGUCCCUAUGAAAACAGUGAGCUACCAGAGAUCAGAACAUCAGCCACUUCAAUUUUCAUCAAGUCAGGCUACAUACAGUGUCCCAAUCAUCACUUCACACACGUGUUUCUGGCGUGUGACGAGGUCUCUAGAUGCUGGGGCAGUACAGAUGGCGCUACACACUCCUGUCCGCCACCACUGACACCAUUGCCUCCAUUUCAAUGUGUCGGCGUGCAUCAGAGUGUCCCGUACACGCUAGUGUGUGAUCAUCGUGCUGACUGCAAAGACGGGAGCGACGAAGACUUCUGCUACUUUCCACCCUGCCACCCUUUGUCUCCUUUUCGUGUGUCGAACAGUGGGAGCACUGUAACGGACAAGUAG